AUGGAGCAAACAAAGGGCAAGCUUCUUGGAAACGCGACGGAUACGCUAGAGGUUGAAGGUGAUGACGCUGAUCCCAUUUAUGACUCUGACGGUGAGGGGGCUGAAGUAGUACCCGGUGAUGUUGGGUUAGAAUUUGUAUCCAUGCUUAACAAUGAUCAUAAUCCAUGGGAGACCUGCGUUGAUUGGCCAACACCACCCGGCUUUGAUGAUUACUCCGACGAUGACGAUGGCGGCUGGGACGAGUCUGCUUGUGCUACAAAUACUGGUGUUAAUUUACUCAAUGGCGAUGACGAUUCCGCCAGUUUUGCUGCUCUUAAUGGUGAUAAUGAUUCCGCCAGUGUUUCUUCUUCAAUUGAUGUGGUAGCCACUGCCGGAGAUGCGUGUUUAGUCGCCAAGGAGCUGCAAAUUUUUUCGGAUGAUGCCGUAGCGGAAGCCUAA